GGGUGUCGGGAGAGACUUCCAGCAAACCUUCUUCCCCGGCCUCUGGAGGGACCACCGUUGCCUCGGCUUCGGCUUCCACCGUCUGCGUUCGGGCUAAACUGCCACGGCGGCCGCCACUACCGCUCCCCUUGUGCCUCGCUCUGCCCUUACUCGUUCCCAGGCGGCCGCCCGGGCUCCAGCAGCGGCAGCGGUCGCGUCCGACAUGUUGUGAGGCGGCGGCGCGGGUGUCUGAAGGAUGGUUUGGCGGAGGCGGCGGCAACGUCUGCUGGCGGCGGCGGCAGCGGGGGCUCCGGCUCUAUAGAGCCAAGCCUGCUGGGUGUCCGCUGGGUACCGCCGCGAGGCCGGUGUCCCUGGACCUUGCCUUUGCUCCGGCGCCGUUGGGAACUGGUCAGGCGAUAGCGUCCGCCCCUCUGAGAAGACACGAAGGUGGUUCCCCAGUGGUCAAAUUUCCACACCACCUUGCUUUCCUCUCCUGGACCUCAGCAGUGCUGUCCCCAGAAUCCUCAGCCCUUAGACUUUUCUCUCAGCCUUCCCCUAAAUCACACACACGGGUGUUCCCCGCCCUCGCGAGCGAGCCUGCUCCUUCCCCCCACCUUCACAUUCUGCACUCUCCCGAGCCUCGGGAUCGGUCUCGGAAGGCGGCCUUUUAAAAGAUCUCCGUGGGGCAGUGGACCAGAGCUGGGUUUAUAAAAGUAGGGGCGUGAGAGAUAGGAAGGUACGAUGGCUUCCUCUUCUGGCAACGAUGAUGAUCUCACGAUACCCAGAGCUGCUAUCAAUAAGAUGAUCAAAGAGACUCUCCCAAAUGUCCGGGUGGCCAACGAUGCGCGGGAGCUGGUGGUGAACUGCUGCACUGAAUUCAUUCACCUCAUAUCUUCCGAAGCCAACGAGAUCUGCAACAAAUCGGAAAAGAAGACCAUCUCACCAGAGCAUGUCAUACAAGCACUUGAAAGUUUGGGCUUUGGCUCUUAUAUCAGUGAAGUAAAAGAAGUCUUACAAGAAUGCAAGACGGUAGCAUUAAAAAGAAGAAAGGCCAGUUCUCGUUUGGAAAAUCUUGGCAUUCCAGAGGAAGAGUUACUGAGACAGCAACAGGAAUUAUUUGCAAAGGCUAGACAGCAACAAGCAGAAUUGGCUCAACAGGAAUGGCUUCAAAUGCAGCAAGCUGCCCAGCAAGCUCAGCUUGCUGCUGCAUCAGCCAGUGCAUCCAACCAGACAGGAUCUUCUCAGGAUGAAGAAGAUGAUGAUGAUAUCUGAAAUUCACCAGCUGAGUUCCUAUUUCCUCUAUAAAUGUUAUCCUCUGCACAAGAAAACAGUGAAAGAAAUGCUUAUCUGUAAUUUCGUAUGUAUCUUGGUGGACUUGCCAUUGGUAUUCUAGGGAUGUCUGCUGUUAAGUUUCAUCUGUUGUGUGCUAUUAAUAUAAAAACUGUCUCUUUGAACUAUUGAACAUUUAAGGUUCAGUAUAAUAUCGAUUUUGAAUUUUUAAUGGCGUUUAUGAAAUUUUAGAUAGCAGUGAGUCCUUUAUUUGAUCAAUACAGUGUUACAGAAAACUUC